ACAAAACCUAUGAAGGGACUACGCAUUUACUGUCGUGAAGCCUCUCUCGCGAGAACUACUCCCCUAAAACCCUAAACCCAGAGAGGCCAUAUGCUCAGAAAAGCUCCGAAUUGCUCAAAAAUUGGGUCCACGAAUGCAAUUCUGUUGCUGGAUUAUAACCCAGUCCAGGAAGGCUAAGAAAACCGUAUAGCAAAAGAAACAAGAAUUCUAGAAUUUUAAGCUGAAAAAAAAUGAUACCUCACUACAAUACCUUUCACCAAAAUUCCGGCCAAGCUCACCCGGCCAGCGGUAAUGGUGAUAUCUCUGUUCCAUCUCCUCAACAGCAGCAGGGCAUGCCAUUUAAUACAGCACUGGCAAAUUCGUGUAAUAUGUUGCCACCGUCCAUGGGACCUCAGCCCGGUUUCAUGAAUUUGUCUAACAACAUUGUUCCAAUGCAAAACAACCACAUGUUUAUGCCUAUGUCCCCAUUCGGUUCCCUUGGUCCUAUAUCUCAACCAGGUCAUCCUGGUGUUGGAUUUUCCGUUCCACAGAGUAAUGCAGUCAAUAUGAACUUGGCUGCUUCCUAUCCGCUUAAUGGGCAGUUCUGCAACAUGGCGCAGACUGUCAAUCAAGUGAAUCCAAAUAUGGGUUUUCUACCUGGUCAAUUGUUUGCUCAUAACCUGUUGAAUUUACAGCAGAUGAAUCAAAAUAUUGGGCCAUAUGGGCAGUUCUGUUUGCCGAAUCUGUUGAAUAAGAAUCAGGUUGUGCCAAUGCAAAUGCAAAACCCUGGCCAAGGUGGUCCUUAUUAUGCAUUUGGGGGAAUAAAUCAAGCAGCUCAGGCUGGUGUUCCGCAAAAUCCUGCUUUUUUUACAACUCCUAAUUUUGGUAAUGUGCACUCUCCUAAUCAAGCCAGACAACAAAUCAACCAGAAUCAGCAAAACAACAGUGUCCAAGGGACACAGGGUAAUCAUAUAAAAGCUGGUGGCGUUUACAAUUCCAAUUCUGACAGAAAAAGUUCGCCAAGCAAAAGUUUCAUAAAGCAUCCAAAACAAGGGUUGCAGCAGCAAGGGGGAUUUCAGAAUUCUCAGUUUCAUCAUAACAAAAAUGCAAAGGGAAAGUUUGCUUUUCCCAAUAGGCAAAACACAAAAGAAGCAGGGCUAAGCAAUGAGAAGGGAAAAUCUGCUCGUGCCGACUCUAUGGAUCACAGCAGGGAAAGGAAAAGUGAAAGAUGUCUUUCUUUGUCCUAUACGGAACAAGAAGUUCAACUCUGGCGUGAAGGACGUAGGAAGAACUACCCAUCAAACACCAACAUAGAGAAGAAGCUAAGUGAAAAGAUGAUGGACUCGGUGGCCAUUCAGAGAGAGGCCACAGCACGAAAGGAGCAACUCAAGGAGAUUCUUACAAAGCAGGCUGAGAUGGGACUUGAAGUCGCUGAUAUACCAUCUCACUACCUAUCAGACUCAGAAAAACAAGGGAAUAGAAGAGAGGAGAAUAGGUCAUGGAAAAACAAUUGUAGAUCACAAAACAAGUUUGGUAAGAGAGACAGAUUUGAUAAGAAGGACCGGUUUGCAAAGAGGCAAAGGUCAAGUCAGAAGGAUUCAUCUAGUGACCCUUCAUUCUGCAAAAGGGAGCCAACCUUACUGCAGAAGCUUCUUAGUUCAGAUAUCAAGAGAGAUAAAAGUCGCUUAUGGCAGGUGUUUAGGUUCAUGGUGACAAACUCUUUUUUAAAAGAUUUUCCUGACAAACCUUUGAAAUUUCCAACUGUGGUAGUUAAAGAAAGUGUGGUGGAGGAAGAUGUGGUUGAAGAGUUGUCUUCAGUUGCCGGGAAAGGUGCCUAUGAAGGACCUGACAAGUCCAUGGUUGAAAUUCUUAAUAACAAUGAUUAUAUAGAUUCUUCUUACAAUGAUGUUCACGUUGAAGAUGAUGAUGAAGAUGAAGAGGUAAUAGAGAGACCUGAGGAAGAAGAGGGAGAGAUCAUCAACUAGAAAUGCUACUCCUUGUUUUGCAAAAAGAAAUGCUCAUUGGGUUGAUUAUUUCUCUCUUGUCAUGCAGAAAUGUAAUAUAUGAUUUUUUCUUUUCUUUUAACUUGCUAUAUUUGAAUCACUUGUAAGAAAAAAAAGUUAAAAACUACAUGCUUCUCAGAACAAACUCAAAGGAUUAUGGAAUUUGUAAAAAUCAAGUAGAAUAUAUUUUCGGGAACAUC